AGAGCGCCGGGCCGGCAGCGCCGCGGGUGCAGCCACGGCAACUUUGGCGGGGCGGGCGGGCGGCGGCGGCGGCGGCAGCAGCAGGGGCACCACCAUGUCCGGCAACGGGCUCACUUACAGCGAGCAGGGCGGAGAGGCGGCGUCCGAGCUGGCGCAGGAGGCGGCUCCCACCGUGACCCCCUCGGCUCCCGCGGCCUUCGGGCUCUUCAGCAGCGACACCAAGAAAAAUGAAGACCUAAAACAAAUGUUGGAAAGCAGUAAAGAUUCUGCAAAGCUGGAUGCAAUGAAAAGGAUUGUUGGGAUGAUUGCAAAGGGAAAAAAUGCUUCUGAGCUGUUUCCUGCUGUUGUGAAGAAUGUUGCCAGUAAAAAUAUUGAGAUAAAAAAGCUUGUGUAUGUUUAUCUGAUGCGCUAUGCAGAGGAGCAGCAAGAUCUAGCAUUAUUGUCCAUCAGUACUUUCCAGCGUGCUUUGAAAGAUCCUAAUCAGUUAAUCCGUGCAAGUGCUUUAAGAGUUUUAUCCAGUAUACGUGUCCCAAUUAUUGUUCCUAUUAUGAUGCUUGCUAUUAAGGAGGCCUCUUCUGAUUUAUCUCCUUAUGUGAGAAAAAAUGCAGCCCAUGCAAUCCAAAAACUGUACAGUCUUGAUCCAGAGCAAAAGGAAAUGUUGAUUGAAGUGAUAGAAAAGCUUUUGAAGGAUAAAAGUACGCUGGUAGCUGGGAGCGUGGUGAUGGCGUUUGAGGAAGUGUGUCCAGAUAGAAUAGAUCUGAUUCACAAGAACUACCGAAAGCUCUGUAACUUGCUGGUUGAUGUGGAAGAGUGGGGUCAAGUUGUUAUAAUCCACAUGUUAACUCGGUAUGCGCGUACGCAGUUUUUAAGUCCAUGGAAGGUUGAUGAAGUGGUGGAUGAAUACAGUGAAAAUAAUUUCUAUGAAUCUGAUGAAGAACAGAAAGAGAAGGAUCAGAAAUUGAAAACCACCUAUACUAUGGACCCGGAUCACAGGCUGCUGUUACGAAAUACAAAGCCCCUGCUUCAGAGCCGAAAUGCUGCUGUGGUAAUGGCAGUUGCACAGCUUUACUGGCAUUUGGCACCAAAAUCUGAAGCUGGUAUUGUUUCUAAGUCAUUGGUGCGUUUACUCCGUAGUAACAGAGAGGUGCAGUAUAUUGUCCUGCAAAAUAUUGCCACUAUGUCAAUUCAGAGAAAGGGCAUGUUUGAACCUUAUCUGAAGAGUUUCUAUGUUAGAUCAACUGAUCCAACUAUGAUCAAAACACUUAAGCUUGAAAUAAUGACAAAUUUAGCAAAUGAAGCCAACAUAUCAACUCUGCUUCGAGAAUUUCAGACUUACGUGAGGAGCCAAGACAAGCAGUUUGCUGCAGCUACGAUUCAGGCAAUAGGCAGAUGCGCUACUAACAUCACUGAAGUGACUGACACGUGCCUCAACGGCCUCGUCUGUUUGCUGUCCAACAGGGAUGAAAUUGUAGUUGCUGAAAGUGUUGUUGUCAUUAAGAAACUGCUGCAAACUCAGCCGGCACACCACGGUGAAAUUAUUAAGCAUAUGGCCAAACUCUUGGAUAACAUUACAGUUCCAGUAGCCAGAGCCAGUAUCCUCUGGCUCAUCGGUGAGUACUGUGAACGGGUUCCAAAGAUCGCACCUGAUGUUCUGAGGAAGACAGCCAAGAGCUUCACGAAUGAAGACGACCUUGUAAAGUUGCAGAUCUUAAAUUUGGGUGCAAAACUCUACUUAACAAAUUCAAAGCAGACAAAAUUGCUUACCCAGUAUGUAUUAAAUCUCGGCAAGUAUGAUCAAAGCUACGACAUCAGAGACCGUACAAGAUUUAUUAGGCAGCUUAUUGUUCCGAAUGAGAAGAGUGGAGCUUUAAGCAAAUAUGCAAAAAAAAUAUUUCUGGCACAGAAACCUGCCCCAUUGCUUGAGUCUCCUUUUAAAGAUCGGGAUCAUUUCCAGCUUGGCACCUUGUCUCACACACUGAAUAGCCGAGCCACUGGUUACCUGGAGCUGUCCGACUGGCCAGAGGUGGCACCUGACCCCUCUGUCCGAAAUGUCGACGUGGCUGAGUCGGCAAAGGAAUGGACUGGAAUUCUAGGCAAGCCAAAGAAGGAGAAACCUACUGAAAAGUUCUACUCUGAAUCAGAAGAGGAGGAAGAUGAGUCUGCCAGUACCAGUUCAUCAGGGAGUGGGUCUGACAGUGAAAGUGAGAAGGAAGAUAAAGAGGAAGGCAGCAGUGAUGAGAGUAGUGGGAGUUCCUCUCCCAGUGAAGAAUCAACUGACAGUGAGUCAGACAGCAAAGAAAGUGCUGCUAAGAAAACAUGUAGGGCUGUCAAUGAAAGUGAUUCAGAGGAUAUAAAAAAGAAAGCAGAGGGGAUUUCCAACAAGAGAAGCACAUCCAGUUCCUCUGAUACAGAGUACACUUCAUCAGAUGAAUGUUCUUCAGGAUCCAAGUCAGAAUCUGACUCUAAAAGUGACUCUGAGUCUGGAAAAUCUAGAAAUGCUACCUCUAAUAAGGUUAGUAAGAAAGAAGAAAAAACAGUACAAGAUAGAAAGACUCCAAAAAACCAAGACAUGUUUCUCUUAGAUUUAGAUGAUUUUUGUCCUGUAACAACUCCUGUGGCAGUUCCUACAGCAGCUGUUUUGUCCCCAAGUUUAGCAGCAGACCUAGAGGGAUUAAGUCUGUCGAGUUCAUCAGUCAUUGAUGUCACUAUGCAAGUCUCUGUGCCAACACAAACACAUGAACUGCUUCAUCGAAUGAGUGGGAAAGGAUUAGCAGCUCACUAUCACUUCUCAAGACAGCCAGGCAUUUUUGGUGAUCGUAUGGUACCUGUGCAAGUGACAGUAACAAAUACAACUGAUCAGAAGAUAGAGAACAUUCACAUUGGAGAGAAGAAAUUACCUCCAGGCAUGAGGAUGCAUGAGUUUGAUCCAAUAGAGUGCCUUGAGCCUGGAGGAUCCAUUACUGCUACCAUGGGUAUUGACUUCUGUGAUUCUACCCAGACAGCCAGUUUCCAGUUGUGCACAAAGGAUGAUCACUUCAAUGUUAACAUUCAACCCCCUGUUGGAGAACUGCUCCUGCCUGUCACUAUGUCAGAGAAAGAUUUUAAGAAGGAGCAAGGAAUGCUGACAGGAAUGAAUGAGACAUCCACUACAAUAGCUGUUGCUCCACAGAACUCUACUAGACUUGUAAUAAUUGAGAGAGUAGUGAAAGCAGCUAACCUGGGUGUAGUUCCUUCUGGUCAAGAUAACAUACACAGGUUUGCAGCUAAGACUGUGCACAGUGGGUCACUGAUGCUAGUCACAGUGGAGCUGAAGGAGAGCUCUACAGCACAGCUCAUCAUAAACACUGAGAAAACUGUGAUUGGUUCUGUUCUGCUGCAGGAGCUGAAGCCUGUCCUGUCCCAGGGGUAACCUGCUUACAUCUGGACUUCAGAAUCUGGCACACAACAAAAGUGCCUGGCAUCCACUACUGCUGCCUUUCAUUUAUAAUAAUAGCCCUUCCAUCUGGCAGUGGGGAAAGAAUACACUCUUGACAUUCUUGUCUUCUGCUUUAGAAUGCUAGUGCGUAUCUAUCAUGUAUGCAAGUCCUUUCCUUUUUUUCUGCUUGCUAACCAAAGAACAUAUAUUUUACUGUCAGUUAUCUGCGCUCUUAAAGGUAUUUCCCAUUUGUUCUACCCUAGUCCUUCCCUCUCUCUUCCCUUCCCCCACCACCUUCCUUCCCCAUCAGCUUCCACCCCCCCCAUAGUGGACAAAUAUUAGGUAAUAAAGUUCAAUGGAAAUCACAUUGCUUGAAAACUGAGUUCAAAUGGCAGGUGGGUUCCAGCAACAUACACAAUGAGUAUGUGGUUCAGAGAGAAUUUUGGUGUGUGAAAACACAGUAAGUACAGCAAAAUGGUUUUCUAGAAAUGUUUGUAAACCUGAACUCAUCUACUGAGAACAUUGUUCCUACCUACUGUGAUUUUCCAAAUAUUUUGUUAAGAUGCUAAUAAAGUAGUGCCUAUGAACAGAGGCUCCCUCUUUCUUGUUUUGGUAGAAAAUUGAUAACAGACAUGUUGGUAUUGUAUAUACCUGGUUACCUGAAGUAAAUAUAAAUGAGGUGGACACUAUACACAAAGCAGCAAAUUGUUCUUGAAAAAGUAGCCAAUGUUUGUACUCCUGUGAAAUUGUCUGCUA